GGAGCCGUGCGCGACGGGCAUGACCUACCCGCCGGUACUCCCUAACCGUCGGCCCGUCGUCGUCGAUUCUUCGAGGUCAACUGAGGACGCGCACCACGCGCGCCAAGGGCCGAUGAUGCGCACUUCACAACUACCGACCGCUGGUAUAUAAGUGCGGGUUGAUGAAGGAGGUCCAGCAAGUAUCAGCACGAUGCCGUCUCUCAGCCACCUCACCACCUUCGUCCUCGGCGCUCUGGUCGCAUUGACGCAGCAGGCGGAUGCUGCUCAGGUCUUCCUUGCGGGCGACUCGACGAUGGCCGUCACUGGUGGUGGCAGUGGUACCGGAACCGCAGGCUGGGGAGUGUACCUCGGGCAGUUCCUCAACAUCCCCGUGACGAACAACGCCAUUGGCGGACGCUCAGCACGCUCGUUCACCGACGAGGGCCGCUUCGCCAGCAUAAUCAACGCGGUCGCGCCGGGUGACUUCGUGGUCAUUGAGUUCGGGCACAACGAUGGCUCUGCGGGUUCAGGACCGGACAACGGGCGCCAGGACACGGGCACCGACGGCUACUCGGACACGGCCGUCGUCCACGACGCGAGCGGGAAUGCCAUCACGAUCCACUCGUUUAACUACUACAUCACGAACGCGGUGAGGUCGCUGCAGGCAAAGGGUGCGAUCCCCAUCGUCUCCUCGCAGACGCCCGACAACAUCUGGUCUGGCAGCAAAAUCGGCGCCCCGUCGCGCUUUGUGGGGUACGCUUCGGACGUGGCAAAGAACACAUCGGCGGCGUACGUCGACCACUUUGCCUACGUUGCGCAGGCAUAUGACGCGCUCGGUGAGACCACCGUCAACACGUACUACCCGAUCGACCACACGCACACCUCGCCGACUGGUGCGAACGUGGUUGCGGAGGCGUUUGUUCGCGGGAUCCUUUGCGGCAACAGCGCACUCAAGGCGCAAGUGAAUGCCGCUGGCAAGGCUGUACCGAAUGGAUGCAUCUGAACGGUGCCCUGGCUGUGGGCCUCCGCUCUGGCUGCGAACGACCGGGGAUGCUUAAUCGCUGUUUCCCUACGUAGUCAGUCGUUAGCUCGUCGCCAUUUGCUGUGAAUAGCUGUGAAUGUGCCUGCAAACAAACAUCUUCCUCGAUGUCGCGCUGGUGAAAGAGGAAGAUCUGCGCGACAAGUUGUUGGCUGCCUUGGCGGACCUGCCGGGGACGCGCACCUUUCACGUCCACGUCCUUACGUCCUCGCCGCGCAAGCAUAAUGGUCUCUUCCCGUAUGUCCGCCCGCGACCCCGGGCCUACCUCCAAGAUGUCUUCAUCCUCCUCUCAGAGCAGGCAACGCCCGACGCGCCCCGUGUACUUGUCACCGCGCUCGAGGCGUCAGUCUAUAACAUCCCCGCCACGUCCUGUGGUGUGCUCUACGUCUCCAAGGUCGACUCCUCUGGGCAUGCCGCCGCCCCCUCGCCGACGGCCGCGCUCGUGCGUGCAUUCCUGCUUUACUACGCCGACCCCGCGACGCGCCCGAUCGCGGUGCGCCACCUUUGGGUGCAGCUCUUCGCGCGCGCGCAAGGCCAGUACCUCUUCCCGAACUCGGCGGACUAUCUGGGCAAGCGGCCACUGUCGGACGUCAAGCUCUGUGCAUGGUGGCGGCGUAUAUUCGGCGAGGUCGCCGCGGACGUUGAGCGGCGCUUGAAGGGCAGCGGGACAGUCAGGUUGCACUAUAUUCUGCCUGGGUAUGGGGAACUUGAGGCGACGCAUACUCUGGGGCGCGCAGCUGUGGCGGAAGAGGCUGCUGGGACAGUGCAGUGGUCGUACGGACAUCCGUAUGCGCAAACAGAUAUACCUUUGCCGUGCCCGGGGAGUCAAGAUGGGGAGGAACCGCCUCAUCUGGGGCAUUAUAUCCCGUGGUUCGACGACGACCCGAAGUCGCGGUUUAUAGAUGAAAUUGCGCUCAUCACGAACUCUGAGGGCGUGCGCUCGCCCGAACGGAAACGGCCGCGCGCACUUACCGGCUCUCGGGCGCACGGAGAAGCGAAGGCCGCAAAAGACAAAGACAAAGAGGAGGAGGAGAAAGAAAGGGAGAAGGAGAAGAGCAAAGACGAGAAAAACUACCCCACGGGCGAGCUCGCGCAGGUCUCCGCGGACGAGUUCUGGGAACGCAUGUCGUUCCGGCAGGAAUGCGUCGCGGGUGCAGUCACCGGGUUCUUCGCCAUGGGCAUCUCCACGCCCCCGCCCGCCGCGUCCGCAGAGAAGGGGUCCCAGCCGUCUCCGCUCGCGCCCCAGCCCGGACAGCUCGCGCCGCGCAUGGUGCGCCGCAUCGUCUCGACGCUCAUGAACCACCACGAGUUCUCCACGAGCGAGCGCGCGGUGCGCGCCACGGAGACGCUCGAGAGUGCGAUCAAAGGCCUCUGCGAGGACGACGCCCCCGUCCUCCCUGCGCCCGCCGCCGCUGCCGCCUCCACAGCCCCAGCCGCCGAAGACGAACCAGAGCGCCCGCGCACCCCCGAGCCCGGCCCCGCGACGCUCGACGUCCCGCGCACCCCUCCCCCGAAUCGGUCGCACCUGCGCGCCCCCAGGGGCGGAGACGCGGUCCCCGAGAUCUCGCCCAACCCCUUCCCCGAGCCGGUCGCCUCGCUCGAGACGUACACGUCGUACAUCUACGGGAGCAUCGAUGUGCGCAACCCGCCGCUCGCGCCGCGCCCAGCCGCCACGGGCGGGCCCGAGGACGCGAAGGGUGCUGGGGCCGCACAGGGCGUGGCUGGGGCAUCGGGCGGCGCGCCGGUGACGGUGCUGCAAGUGCGCAAGAAGCGGAAGCCCGCGGCGCCCUGAGGUGGGUCUGCUGCCGUCGCCGUGCGCCCCUGGCAACGCUCGCUGGAUUCGACGUUAGGGUUCUGAGUCUCCGCGGGUGCGGCGGCGUGCCUCGAGGGUCGACGCAGACGGGGGUGCCUUGCGAAAACGCCUGCGCUGCUUCGCGAACGCGUCUGUCUGAGGCCUGCGGGUUUAUGCGGGGCCUGGCGAUGGGUUGACGACGUCAACGCGGCGGAGGCGGUGUGGACGGCACACAAAAUGGCGGAUGCGCGCAGUCUCGAACGCGCGACGACGGGGCGAUCGCCCAGGCACGGUGGCUGAAAAGCGUCCGUAUGCUUUUUGGAGGCUCUCUUUUGGGGCGAAGGUUUGGGAUGCGCCGCGGCAGGUUGCGGCGUUUCCCCCUCCGUGGACAGGCCACUCGGCAUUGGGCAAUGUACCUGGUUUCUUGUGCUGGGCUACCAGGGCAGCGCUGCUGGUUUCAGUGCGAGUCUGCACCCGUUGCCGUCUGUUCUUUCCCCCCGAGUGGUGCAUGCGCUCAGGGCGGUUUGGCUCGGUUUCUUGCGCCAUAGAUCAUUCCAGACUGUUCCUUGGUAUUUGGUCAAUUGCUGUUGGUCUUGAUUAUAUCUUGUGGGUCCUGCGGUUGCCAUAACAUCGCGGCGGUGCUACAGAAGGGGCCGUCGGACGGACGGAGCUGUGGUAGUUGUUCGUGACCAGACAUUGCGUAUGUACAGGAAGACCGUGCUUAAUGUAUAUGUAUCGUUAC